AUGCCGGUGAAGUCGCCUUAUCCAGACUUCGAAAUCCCCGAUGUCGAUAUCUGGUCGUUCCUGUUUGAACGCAAAGAUCGGGCAUUUCCAGAUGACAAGAAUCUCUUCGUUGACGCCGACACUCAACGGUCAUACACUUUCGCACAACUGCGGGAAACCGCAUUGAGCUUUGGUCAUGGUCUCAAAGCAACUUGGGACUGGAAAAAAGGCGAUGUCCUCGCCAUCUUCUCGCCAAAUUGUGUCGACACCCCAGCUGUCAUGUACGGCGUAGCUUGGACUGGAGGCGUGAUUUCUCCUGCAAACCCAACCUAUACUGUUGAAGAACUGGCCUUUCAACUUGGUAACUCUGAAGCAAAGGCUCUUGCAACCCAGCGUCCUUUACUUCCUAUUGCGCGCGAAGCUGCGAAGAAAGUGGGUCUGCCUGAAGAUCGGAUUAUAUUGAUUGGCGACGAGCGAGAUCCCAGUGGUGUCGUUAAGCAUUUCACAUCUAUUCGAAACAUAUCCGGCACAAGCAGGUUUCGUCGGCCAAAGAUUGAUCCCAAGAAAGAUGUUGCGUAUCUGGUAUACUCGUCUGGUACUACGGGUUUGCCAAAGGGUGUCAUGCUCUCUCACAGGAACAUGGUGUCCAACAUUUUGCAGGGCAAGAACACCGAAGGGAGAUAUCUCUCUUGGAAUGACAAUGCCGACGGCCAGGGAGACCGUAUUUUGGCAUUCUUGCCAUUCUUCCAUAUUUAUGGCUUGACGACCAUGAUUCACUUUAGUCUUUUCACCGGAUUGACCGUAUUUGUGAUGCCCAGAUUUGACAUAGAAAAAUUCUGCAAGCAUGUGCAGAAUUACAGAAUCACAUUUGUAUACGUGGCGCCUCCAGUCAUUCUAUUGCUGGGCAAACACCCCAUCGUCGAUAAAUACGACCUGUCCAGCUUGAGAAUGAUGAACUCCGGUGCAGCACCGCUUACACGAGAACUUGUCGAAGCUACAUCCGCGAGAAUCAAAGUCGGUAUCAAGCAAGGCUACGGAUUGAGUGAGACCAGUCCUACAACACAUACUCAAGCUUGGGAAGACUGGAACAAAGAUAUCGGUUCUGUGGGCCAAUUAGUCCCGAACAUGGAAGCCAAAUACAUGACUUCUCCAGAAGACGACUCGGAGCCUCAGGAAGUCGCCGCCGGUGAAGUAGGUGAACUCUGGGUUCGUGGUCCAAAUGUCUUCUUGGGAUAUCACAAAAAUCAGAAAGCGACAGAAGGUUGCCUGACGGCGGAUGGCUGGUUUCGGACUGGUGAUGUCGGUUAUCAGGAUAAAGAUCACAAAUUCUACAUUACGGAUCGCGUCAAGGAGCUUAUCAAGUACAAGGGCUUCCAGGUACCGCCGGCCGAGCUUGAGGGUAUCCUUGUCGAUAGCGAGUUGAUUGACGACGUCGCCGUUAUCGGCGUGCACAGCGACGAACAUGGUUCCGAGGUUCCGCGAGCAUACGUUGUUCGAAGUGCUGUUAGCAAAGCUUCGGGUGCCAGUGAUGCCGAGGAGGCUGAAAAGAUUGUCAAGUGGAUGCAUAGCAAAGUGGCUCAACAUAAACGCCUGAGAGGUGGCGUACGAUUUGUCGAGACUAUUCCUAAGAGUGUCAGCGGCAAGAUUCUGCGACGAGUGCUCAAGGAGCAAGCUAAGAAGGAAGCUGAGAAGCCGAAGGCUAAGCUAUAA